GGUUUCACUCUACGGAGACGCGCCCACUCCCUCGCGGCGUCGCUAUAAAACUCGGGAACGCAGGCCGUGCGGCAUCAGUGCGCGCGCAACAUAGACACUUUGAAACAGCGAAGAGCGAAGAAGAAGCUGUGCCAUGGCGUCGAACAACAACCUCCUUGUCCACUUGAAGAACUGCUUCUCGGCGCCGUCGCUCCGUUCGUACCUCGCCGAGUUCAUCUCCACCUUCCUCUUCGUCUUCACCGCCGUCGGCUCCGCCAUCUCCGCCCGGAUGCUGACGACGCCGGACGUUACCAACAGCGCCUCGCCGCUGGUGGCCACCGCCGUCGCGCAGGCGUUCGGGCUCUUCGCCGCGGUACUCAUCGCCGCCGACGUGUCCGGCGGCCACGUCAACCCCGCCGUCACGUUCGCCUACGCCAUCGGCGGCCACAUCGGCGUCCCGAGCGCCAUCUUCUACUGGGCGUCGCAACUGCUCGGCGCCACCAUGGCCUGCCUCUCCCUCAACCUCUUCUCCGCCGGCGAGGAGGUGCCGACGACGAGGAUCGCGGUGGCGAUGACCGGGUUCGGCGGCGCGGUCAUGGAGGGCGUGCUCACGUUCCUGCUGGUGUACACGGUGCACGUGGUCAGCGAGCCUCGCCUGAGCGGCGGCGGCGGUUGCGGCAAGCGGGGGUUCGCGGCCACGGCGCUGGGCGCGCUGGCGGUGGGGCUCACGGAGGGCGCCUGCGUGCUGGCCGCGGGCUCGCUGACGGGCGCGUCCAUGAACCCGGCGCGCUCCUUCGGGGCGGCCGUCGUCAGCGGGCGCUUCAAGAACCAGGCCGUGUACUGGGCCGGCCCGAUGAUCGGCGCGGCCGUCGCGGCGCUGGUGUACCAGAUCAUGGCGUGCCCGAGCGUGGCCGCCGCCGAGUCCCGGCACGGCAACGUGGAGGCGGUGGUCGUCUGACAUCCUUUCGUCGUGGACGUAGAUAGAGGGAUCUAAGUACACCUGUGUUAUAUGUGUUUGAUUUGAUCAUGACAUUGUGGUUUGUUGUUAGUUUGUCUAGUGAACUUUCAGUUCCGUCGUGUUACUGUACUGAUGAACUUGUGUUGUACGAACAAUUAAUGAUCCCAGGCAUAUAUUUUAGCCGUUGAUUCGCAGGAUUA